AUGUCUAGCCGCGAGGGCUCCGAUGAGGAGCUCUUAUUUGAUGGCAGAGAAAUUAUCAGGCCCCAGGUUCUUGCGCUGAACGUUGAGACGCAAAAUGACAGGUUCUCCCUAAAAAAUGACCAGAUUGCGCCGACGAUUGCGACAUGGAGGUCUAAUUUGGCAGCUUCCUCACAGAGACGAAACAUAUUGUUUGCGGCAUAUGGCUCUGAUAUCUACGUCUGGGUACCGACGGGGCCUUUCCAGCUUUUGGGCACUGACCCCGAGAUGAUCAUCCGUCCUGUAAUGGAAAAUCCGGUCGCAAGCGGAUAUAUUGAUCGAUCAAAUCCACAUACUAUCAAUAAUAUUUUGGUGGACGACCUUGGCCGGGAUGAGAUAUUAUUGCUUGUCACCGACUCCGGCAAUGUCUGCGCGUACCAUGUGGAAUCGAUAUACUUCGCAAUUACCCGAUGCGCCAGUCGGGGAGACAAGCGACCUUUCGACGGCUCAGAGGUAACACCAUUCUUUGUGGAAAAUGUCGGCAUGAGUGCCUGGGGGCUGGCAACGCACAAAUAUGCUCGUCUUAUUGCUGUCAGCGCCAAUACCGGCCAAAUCACGAUAUUCGCAUUCGCACUUGUUGAUUCUACGUUGGCCGACGAUAAAAAUGGACCACAAUCUUCCUCGGAUCAAGAUCUUGAUCACCUGGAUCGGACAUGGGUCCACAUACACAGCCUGAAACAGUUCCGGGAACUGCGGGAGUUCAUGCCGGUUAAUCAUCGAUCUCGAAAUUUGCGGCUUACUUACAGGGGCCACUUUGACAACAUCCCAUCCAUUUCAUUUGCGAACUUUGAUCUGGAUCCCAAUGGAGAGUGGAUGGUCAGCACGGAUAUAAGCAAUAGAGUUAUAGUCUGGCGAGUCUGGGACAGCUUAUACCCAAACCAGGUAUAUUACCCUGGUCACCCUGAGAACAAUCCUCCUCAAAGGGGCUGGACUGUGCUACCGCUGGAUCCACGAACCUUCAAACGCCACCAAUCGAGAGAAGAGGCAUGUGGCUGUGAACCAAAAUUUGAGAUCAUUGGGGAACGAACAAUCCUCGAUUUGUCAAGAGCAAUUGAGGAGAUCAAUGAUGCGUCCCAGGUCUUCAUUUUCGGUGAAAGCGAGCCGAGGGCUCCAGAGGAUUAUACACUUCCCAAUGAAAUAUUUUCCGAAAACCCACCUAUCGGACAGGAUCCGAAAACCUCUGAACAAAGCAACACCGAACAGGGUGCUACGCGCCACGAUAAUUCAGACACAGAUGCCGACUCAGAAGACGAAUCCAAAUUACCUCAUGCUAUCCGCGAUAACAGUCGAUUAUCAGGUUUGUUCGAAGAUGACAAUGAACACUACCGGAUUGCACCACACCUGCAUUAUUCCUGUGUCAAUGACCAGCUCUCUGACUCUGAUUUCGAUCUUCUAAAAGAUCAAGCUGUUCACCCACGCUCCCCAUCUUUUUUCCCAGUCAUCCACUUUUCCGAGCAUCACAUUAGCCUGGCAUCAUACCCUUUGGAUUCCGAAUAUCACUUGUUGUGCAAAAAUCCCCUUGCUCAACGAUCAUCCCCCUCUAUCGACAUCCACUCCGCCUGUGACCGCUUCAACAUGGUCAAGUACAUUCCAGAAGCCGGUAUUGUGGUUGCCGCGUCGCAAAAGGGCCGUGUUGCCGUCAUCUCCUUAACCUGGCAACAGGAAAUUGGCUUCGCCUUCCGAGUUGAUUGGAUCGUACCUUUUCUCACCCAAGAAUUCCAUAAUCAACGCCCUGUGAUUCCUUUACUCGGCCUUGCCGUGAGUCCCAUGCCAGGUUUUGAAAACCCACCGGACGUCCCCUGUGUCCCCCAGGGAAUCGAUCCGGCCGACUGGCUUUCUUUCAACUAUCGAUCCCUUGACGCGAACGAAGACGACGAAGCUCCAUCCCAGCCAUCUUCAUCCAGCACCUCAUAUAAUCAAAAGUCAGAUCUUGUAUCACGUCCCAAUCCAACAGACCAGAGCAUGUCAAGCUCGGACUCUGGUCCUGAAUCAAAAUCAAAAUCGGUGUCCGAGUCCGAACCUGGAUCUGAAUCGGAGGCAGAUAAAUCAUCUGAUGAUAUUUCAAUCUCCGACCGCUUCAGCCAUGAACAUACCCUGCCCGAGCUUCACGCCCAAGCUUCGUCGGGCUACCGCCCCGAUGAGCCCUGGCAUGGCUCGCAUCCCUCCCGACACUACCGCCUUCUAUUAUUGUAUGCUGAUCAUACCGUGAUGAGCUACGAGUUCUGGCGCGACUGGAAUAGUUGA